AUGGGUAGCUGCUGGUGUAAGCAAAAAGAUGAAGACCAUGACACUUACGUUCCACAAGCUCCAACAAACCACAAUAUCAUCAGUAGCGUUAUUCAGCAGCCCGUAUCACCCGACAGUACUCAGUACUCCUUUAGAGUAUCUAAGGCGCCAGACCCGUCUUAUGUCGAUAGACUCGUGCUUGACACUUUGGAUGUAAUCGCCACCUUAGUAGACAAUGAGCAAGAACCUCCGAGCUCCAUGGUACUUCUUCACAAUAUCGCCGACUAUGAAGAAGGAUGGAUACAAGUAGUGAAUUCGUUAAUCAGCGUUAUCCCGCUGCAGGACCCGUUAGGUCCUUCAGUUAUUACACUCUUAUUGGACGACUGUCCCUUGCCGUCUAAAGAAUCCGUGAUAAAGGUAGUUAAUAUGUUGAAUUUAUCCAGAGAAACGGCUGUGUUAGGAAAGCUCAAUCCGCCGAGGCAAAGAAACAUCUGCGUGGUGUUGGGUUGUAUAGCGGAAAAGUUGGCCGGGCCUAGGAAUAUGGAAAUUUUGAAUACCGACACCAUAGACUAUUUAUUAACGAAUUUGAAGCAAGAUACUGAUCCGAACGUUAUCUUAUUUUCGCUGAUAGCUCUGGAGAAGUUCGCGCAAACUAGUCAGAACAAGAUUACUAUUUUAAAAAAACUCACAGAGUUACCUUCUUGCCCGAUUUCGGCUUUAGAAGCCUGGAAGGAGGAGGGACAUUUUGUUAAACGUCAAGUGGGGUUCUGCGCUCAAUGGAUACUCGAUAAUCUCUUCGUGAUGGACAAUCGUAACUAUACCUACCAGAUGGUGAACAUGGAAAAUAUAAAUGCGAUGCUGAAUACCAGCGACGUCAGCGAGUACCUGAAGAUAUCUCCCGACGGUUUGGAGGCCCGCUGCGACGCCUACUCAUUCGAGAGCGUGAGGUGCACGGCGCAGGCCGAUUCGGGGGUGUGGUAUUACGAGGUGUGCAUCAUCACUCCGGGGGUCAUGCAGAUCGGUUGGGCGACGAAGAACAGCAAUUUUCUGAAUCACGAGGGUUACGGUAUCGGCGACGACAGGUAUUCCUUAGCGUACGACGGGUGCAGGAAACUCAUAUGGUACAACGCGAAGUCGGACCCCCAGAAUUUGCCCCGGUGGGUGGCGGGCGACGUCCUUGGGUGCCUGCUGGACCUGGACACCCAACAAAUCGUAUUCUCCGUGAACGGAACGAGCUUACCACCAUGUAUGCAUGUGUUCACAAUGGCGAAAUCUGGUUUCUUCGCGGCAGCGAGCUUUAUGUCAUUCCAGCAGUGCCGCUUUAACUUCGGCGCCGAGCCCUUCAAGUAUCCCCCCAAGGUGGCCUAUUCCACGUUUAACGAACACGGCACCCUGAGGCCCGAGGAGAAGGUCGUCCUCCCCAGGCACAUACUCCUCAGUCAGUUGCGGCAGCAAAAAAUAGGGGAGGACAGCUGCACGCUCUGUUACGACCAGAAGGCGUCGGUGCGGCUCAUUCCUUGCGAGCAUUCGGGUUUUUGUUUAUCGUGCGCCAAUCAGCUGGUGGAGUGCCCCAUGUGCAGGUCACCGUUUCAGCUGAUAGUGGAGGACAACCCGUCGUCAUGACGAAUAAGGUGUCCCGUGAUGUAGAACUCUACGAGAUAUAUUUUCUAAUUAUUACUACAGUAACUUUUUGUACAAAUUUGUUGCAUCAUAUGCGUGAGGCGGGUGUAAUUUGAAUAUCUUAUUUAUUUUAAAUACCAGUUAUAUACCGUAACUAUAUUAUUCGUGUGAAUAUCGAGGAUAAUUUUUAUUUGUAAAUUCUAUGAGGUGUAUAUGUAUAUAGUGGUCUGAGGCUUGUAUUUACAGGAUGUAUAUGUGGAGGAAUUUUUUUGCAGAUGUAUAUUUUUUGCAUAGAAAAAAUAUAUAAAUUGUUGUUUUCUCUUCACCGAGCAUAAAUCUUUGAAAAUAUAUUUUAAUGUUAUGAUUA